UACGUCACCCUUGUGCGCCACGAAUCACACGUGUAUCAAAAUGGCUCCCUUCCACUUGGUUGUCAUUUGUUGAAUUGCUUCGGGUAAAUAUUUUGUAAGGUUCACUGUGUUAAACCUUGCUGGAGGGACAUUUGUUCCAUCUCUAAGCAACAAAGACAGCUGAAAAUCGACAAUGGCACAGAGAAAGAAGAAACUGACCAAAAAGAAGAGACACGGCAACACCAGAGAACCAGAGGUGGAAUCGGACGAGGGAGACUUUGGGCCGGUUGCCGAAAUAAAGAACGAUGAUGCUCCCGGUAGAAAACUGCCACGGUUCCCUGCAUCAUCAGACGCCCUGUCAGAUGUGGAACCAGACACCAGGGAGCUGGUCCGGGCCCAGAAUAAGAAGCAAAAGAAGUCUGGAGGGUUCCAGUCCAUGGGCCUCAGUUACCCUGUUUAUAAGGGGGUAAUGAAGAAGGGUUACAAAGUCCCUACUCCUAUUCAGAGAAGGACUGUUCCAGUCAUUCUGGAUGGAAAAGAUGUAGUUGCCAUGGCAAGGACUGGCAGUGGAAAGACGGCUGCUUUCUUGAUUCCGAUGUUUGAGAAACUAAAGGCCCCCCAGGCCCAGACUGGUGCCAGGGCACUUAUUCUCACUCCGACAAGAGAGUUGGCACUUCAGACCAUGAAAUUCACUCGAGAGCUUGGUAGAUAUACCGGCCUUAAAACUGCGUUGAUUCUUGGAGGUGACAGUAUGGAUGAACAGUUUGCUGCUCUACAUGAAAACCCUGACAUCAUUAUUGGUACCCCUGGUCGUCUGAUGCAUGUCGUCAUGGAAAUGAACCUGAAGCUGCACGGUGUGGAGUAUGUGGUGUUUGACGAGGCUGACAGACUGUUUGAGAUGGGCUUUGCUGAGCAGCUUCAGGAGAUCAUCCGUCGACUCCCAGACACACGGCAGACGCUCCUGUUCUCUGCCACUCUGCCAAAACUGCUGGUGGAGUUUGCCCGAGCAGGAUUGACAGAUCCCGUUCUUCUUCGUCUGGAUGUCGACACCAAGCUGAGUGAUCAGUUGAAGCUCGCCUUCUUCCACCUGAGGCUGGACGACAAGCCUGCCAUGCUGCUGCACCUGCUCAGGAAUGUGGUGAAGGCCCAGGAGCAGACGGUCGUCUUUGUGGCCACCAAACAUCACGUGGAGUACGUCAAAGAGAUGUUAACCUCAGAGGGCAUUGAGUGUGCCUACAUCUACAGUGCUCUGGACCAGACGGCCAGGAAGAUCAACAUCGGCCGCUUCGUCCACCGCAAAGCCAUGGUGCUGGUGGUGACGGACGUGGCCGCUCGUGGUAUCGACAUCCCCCUGCUGGACAACGUCAUCAACUACAACUUCCCCUCCAAGUCCAAGCUGUUUCUGCACAGAGUGGGUCGUGUUGCCCGUGCUGGACGAGGUGGAACAGCCUUCAGCCUGGUGUGCCAAGACGAGGUGCCCUUUGUCUACGAUCUUCAUCUCUUCCUGGGAAGACCCAUGCAGUUAGCUGUGCAUGAUCAUCAAAAAGAUGCAGAUGGUGUGUUCGGACGCGUGCCCCAGAGCAUCCUGGACGAUGAGGAGGGGGAGCUCCUCACAGCCUACGACAACUCUUUGGACCUGCAGAACAUGAAGCAGGUCGCGGAGAACGCCUACAAACAGUACCUCAAGUCCCGGCCCAGCCCGUCUCCCGAGUCCUUUAAACGGGUGAAGAACACCGACUUCACCAGCAUGGCCGUCCAUCCCCUGUUAGGCUCGGGUCUUGAGAAGAAUGAACUGGAUAGACUGCAGAUAGUGGACAGCAUCAAGGGCUAUAAGUCUAAAGUUACGAUAUUUGAGGUUAACUCCACAAAAAAGGCCAGCGGCUGUGGGGUGAUGCGGGCCAAGCGCAGCAGGGACAGACCACUGGUGGACAAGUUCACACGGAUCCGGGAGGAGCGCAUCGCUGAGAACAAACUCCGCCUUCCUCCUGUAGCCUCCGUCUCCAAAUCCGCAGCCAAAGAUGACUACGACUCCGAGGAGGAGGAGGAGGACAUCCGGGGAGUUUUUGCUGAGGUGGUGGGUGGGAAGAGGAAGAAGCAUGUAGAAGAGGAGGACAACGCCAAUCCCACGAGCAAGAAGAACAGGGAGACGGGGCGAGACGAGGAGUUCUACAUCCCAUACAGGCCGAAAGAUUUCGACUCCGAGAGAGGGCUCAGCCUUACUGGUGAGGGCACCACAUUUGAGCAGCAGGCCUCUACAGCCGUACUGGACCUGAUGGGAGACGAGAAUAAAACACUUGACCGGCACAAGAGCAUCAUGAAAUGGGACCGCAAGAGGAAGCGCUUUGUGUGCGACACGGGCAAAGAAGACAAGAAGAAGAAGGUCAAACUAGAGAAUGGACAGGUGGUCAGCAACACGAAGAAGAAAAACUUCUAUGAGCAGUGGAGGAAGAGGAACAAGAUGGAUGACGAUGCUGGCGACAGUGAUGGGGAGACUGGAGGUGGUAGAGGCCGUCAGAUGGGAGGCAGAGGCCGAGGCAGAGGAGGUCAAAGAGGCAGGAACGGGCCACCAAGGGCACCAGGCGGGCUCCAGGCGGGCGGGCCCCAGAAGGGCGUGCGCUCCGAGCUGAAGAGCCGCGAGCAGAUCCUGAAGGAGCGCAAGAAGCAGUCCAAGCAGAACUUCCUGCAGAGCGGCGGCCUGAAGAAGAAGCGCGGCGCGAGCCGCCAGAACGUGAACAGCGUCAUGAAGUCCGGCUUCGGGCGCGGCGGGAACAAGAAGGGCAAAAUGAGGAAGAGGAUGUGAGGCCGUCUGUAAGAACGUGGAUCUGUGAGGCCAAUAUUUCGAGGACCUCAGGGACUGGGUGAAUCCCUCCUGGUUGCUGUUGAGUGACGCUUGACUUAAUGGACACCAGGUAGUUCACGUCAUGCGUCUCUCCCAGUGCCACAGUCCUCUCUCUUCUCAUACUUUGUACAUGUACAUUUUUUUAAACAAUAUUCCAAGUUCAAUACAGAUAAGAUAUGCUUAAGUGUUUACCUGUGUGUGUGUAUGUUUGUUUGUGUGUGUGUGUGGGGUUUUUCUUGAUGGGUUCCAUUCAGUGCUGCUGUCUUAGAAAACAGCUGAGACUCUAAUGCACCCGGCUCCGCUCCAAAGUCCACUUCUGUCUGUGUAGGGCUUUAAGAUUCAUCAUCUAAAAGUCCUGUUUCCCAA